GUAAAUUCAUAUUAAAUGAAAGACUUAAUUCCUCGUGAAUCUUUGCACGGUUUUCAAAUAAGGUGUCUCCAAUACAGAGUGAAUUUGAAUUGUUGGAAUAUUAAUGACAUUUGAAGUGGUAGCUCAAACUUUGCGAACGGGGAUGUAGUAGGAGACUCUUACUGAGCUGAAAACUACAUUUGGUCUUGUAUAAAACCCAUGUAUGUAGCAUCUUACGUCCUACCUUCAUCUCAUAUGAAAACAUGAAAAACAUCUAUUUGAGAACCAUUAUCCUAGACUGUCAUUCAAAUCUGAAAUACAGUCCUAUAUCGAGCAAGGUAGCCGAAUCUUUCUAAAUGGUGGCCAAAUCGUAUGUCCUCUAUAUUAUUUCACUAGCAAGCCCUUUUAAAAAUCACUAAAUUUUAAAUCGGUUUAAGGCGAAUAAUUUAUUAAUGGUCUCUCAUAGUUUACUUUGUGCUGUCAAACAGCAUUACUGGAGGCUACAACUUACCCUGAUGGUGGAAAUUAUGAACAUGCAGCCCUAUCCAUCGUUUCAUUGGUGCGCAUUCCUGGGGGCGCGGCUGUCCUUCUAUCGACCGCAUAGACAUUGGCUUAGGCGUCUGCCACUCAACAUAGUCUCCCCGACUUCAAGGUAGUCUGAGUGGAGAAAGUAAUGAAGAUGGAGCAGUUUGAUGUUGUUCAAUUAUUAAGGGUAUUUAUUGUGUAGGUGACUCUAGAUACGAGUCUGAUCGGCUCCGUAGAGGACUACGACCCCUCCGAAUCGGACGGAUAGCAUGCACGUAGAUGCAGCCCCGCUGCAGAUGAGGAAGCAUGCUGGCUAUGGACCAAGGAGUGGUGGAGGAAUGGCUGUCCGAAUAUAAGACGCUGCCUGACAAUGCUGUGUCCAACUAUGCCGCAUCAUUGAAAGACAAAGGAGCACUGGUUCCUGCACUUUACAAAGUCAUCCGGGAGAACUACAGCGACUUGCUGGAGCCCGUGUGCCACCAGCUGUUUGAGUUCUACCGGAGCGGAGAGCCCCGGCUGCAGCGCUUCACCCUGCAGUUCCUCCCAGAGCUGCUGUGGAGCCUGCUGUCGGCCAGCUCAGCCAGGGACCCGCACACCUCAGGCUGCAUCGAGGCCCUGCUGCUGGGCAUCUACAACCUGGAAAUUGUCGAUAAAGAUGGCCAGAGUAAAGUGUUGUCCUUUACCGUCCCUUCGCUCUCAAAGCCGUCAGUGUAUCAUGAGCCUUCAACUAUUGGCUCCAUGGCCCUGACGGAAGGUGCUCUGGCCAAUCACGGGCUUAGCAGGGUGGCGUACAGCGGGCCACACAUCCAACGAGAGACCUUUACUGCUCAGAACAGGUUUGAGGUGUUGACCUUUCUCCUGCUGUGCUACAACGCUGCUCUCAGCUACAUGACCCCUUCCUCUCUCCAGGCUCUCUGCCAGCUCAGCUCUAGGGUCUGUAUAUGCGGUUACCCACGGCAACAGCUGCGACGCUACAAAGGCAUCAGCUCAAGACUGACCGUCACGUCCGAGUUCCUGGUCCAGCUCAUCACAGGGAUUCACUACGCCUUGUGUAACGGAGAUGUAGAGGUGGGUUCCAAAGCCCUCGAUGACGUUCUGUACCGGGCUCAGUUAGAACUCUUCCCAGAAGCUUUGCUGGUGGGCAACGCCAUUAAGUCGUCAAUGCACUGCGCGGCGUUGAAGAGCAACAACAAGGAGGGUCCGCGCAGCAUCCAGGUGGAGAUCACGCCCACCGCCUCGCGGAUCUCCCGCAACGCCGUCACCUCCCUCUCCAUCCGGGGCCACCGCUGGAAGAGACACGAUGCUGUUGAUCUGGGUUCCCCGGACGAGCUGAUGGAGAUCUCAGAGGUGGAUGAAGGGGUGUGGCCGGGUCUGACGGCGCCGGGCGACGCGGCCACACCCACCAUCACCAUAAGCAACAGUUUCACCACGCCCAGCCUGGGGGCGCGGGCCAUGAAGAAGUGCCGGCUGGCCGGGCGCACCAGCAAGGACAAGGAAGCGGGCCAGGCGCCGGGGGGGCGGGCCACCAGCGAGAGCGCCGAGCUGUCCGUCAAGCGGCUGACGCUCACCUCCAGCCAAUCGGUGCCCAAGGCGGGGGCUCUGAGCAACCUGACGCGAACCGCCAGCGCCGUCUUCUCCCGCUCCUUUGAGGCCAGCAGCGCCCCGGUGCCCAACCACCUCCACCACCACCACCACCACCACCACUUGCACCACGCAGGGUCAGACGCCGGCGUCCACGAGGCCGCCGCGCGCUACUCCUGCAGCAUGCAGGAGGAGGGGCUGGGGUACCUGAACCCCGGGCCCAGCCACUCGCCCCUCUCCACCAGCAUCAGCGUGCACCUGGGCCCCGACCUUUGAACCCCCAUGACCUGCAGAGCCCCCACGCCCCUCGUACCCCAUGUGACUUGUGAUUUGCAUCUGACCCCCGUACCAGCGACCUGGAGCUCCAAGCUAUGCUAAGUGCAAAUGACCACAAAGUAUUGAUUGGAGAUCUGCUCCUGUAUCACAUGCCACCAUGUUCCAAGUGUCUUUCCUGUCUCCCUAAACCCCCCCCCCC